UGUUGAGUUUAGUUGAGUUUUGAUCGUUUUGCCGCGUGGAUGUGAGUUUCUCGUGACUCGCUCGAUUAUUUCUACGGUGGUGAUAGACAUAUUUGGUCACAGUGAUAUGGCGGAUUAAAGGUGGCUAUAUUUUUUGGUUUGCGUGGAGAACAGUUCCAACGGAACAACAAUGAUUUGCUGGUGAUAUCCGAUAAGAAUGGAGAUUUGUGCGGACGCAUUGUAAUGUGUGACGGUGAACCACUCCAACUGUGUGAAUAAAUUCAAAGCGAAGUGCGAGCACAAAGAAACCGAGAAACGAAGAAAAGUAAUGUCGCUCUGAUUCCGUGUGGUAUGCGAUAUUGUGAUUGAUUCGAAUGUGGAAGGAGUGACAAUUGAAGGUUUGAAUUACGUUAGCAGAAUCGAGCCGGAAUACAACUACCAACCGCUCCGUCGCUCCUCGCGCGUGGGGUAGGAGAGAAACAGUUCGCGUUAGCGUAACGCAGUGAAUGUCAACAAAGAUUGAAGAAAACAAUAUUCGGCUCAAUAACGCUCUCUGUGUCAGUGUCACACACAUUUUGUGCCGUAAAGUGCGUGCGUUGUGUAUUGUGUUUUGUGCUUGCCUACUUGCCGAAGUACGCAAGCCCCUCAUCAUUGCUUGUGAGGAGGGCUGUGUUUGUGUCUAAUACAGUACAGGCAGGGAGAAACGGGUAGCAGAAAUUUCAACCUUGCCCCGAAUAUUCCGAUUUUAUUACCCACCGCCCGUCUUGUUACGGUGCGGUUCGACGGUGUGUUCACGAAAUAUGUUGCUCUGAUUGGUGCUAUUAGCAGGAAAGCGAUAGUAUGUAAAACAAAUGUGAUACCGAUCCGAUCAGUGACGAUAGGAUUACGACGGCAGUGAUUGGGCACGCUCGGGAUUCAUUAGAAUCGAUAUCGAGAACACAAGCGUCAAGAACCGCCAGUGACGCAAACAACCCUACGAGCAAUAAAACAACAGUUGUGUGCAUAUAUACUUAAAACGUGCGUUCGCAAUACGGAACAGACGCAAACGCGCGGGGUGACAAGUUUUGUGUGUGCUAUUCAACUGUGACCAGUUACCACCAGGAUAACAGAAAAUCACCGAGGAGAAGGACGAGGAAAAGCGGGCAGCGGGGUGGCCCUGGUUCACACCGUGGAAACUUAUCCGAGGAGCAGUAUAAGUUCCUACUUGAGGCAGUCAUCGGACUUCGUACUAUUUGAGAUGCCGAUAGUCAAACAAUGAGUUAAUAGAACAACAGCUGCUGCUUCUACAUUCUCUUCCCCCAUCUUCAUCUGACGCGUUUUUUUCGAUCCAUCAUUAAAGAACGAAACGAUCCCAACUUUUCCCAUUGGCUGCUUUUCUCGCGCGUCAAGAGCCAGUCAGUCAUCACACACAAACCACACCCGGAGCUGCCUCUGGAGGAGAACCUGGAUUUGGAGAACAAGUUUCCUGAAUUAAAUUUUCCGAGCUGCUGCACCUAUCUAUCUCUCACUCUGUCCAGCCGUUAAAGGACACAUCCACUUUACCGCGGUCGCAGCACAUGUGCUGCUGUCACCCCGAAACACAGCGUUGGUAACCGACCGGAGAGAGACGGGAAGCAACGAUGAAGAUAAUCUAAUUGAGAUUUCGCAGCGCCCAGCCCACAAACCUGGGAGGAGGAAGCAGCAUUUCGCCUCAUUUUCGGAACCAGAAAAUCAGAUUCGAAAUUAUCUCGUGUUCCAACGCGAACAAGAAACAGCAAAAAAAAACAAAACAAAACGUCACAAAAUAUGACACGAAAAACGAUCAGCUCGGUGACGGCGGUGUGGCCACUGCUGCUGCUGCUGUGCAGUAGCCGAGCCGAUUCCAGCUACUAUGGGGGGGCCGGCGUAAGCCCUGCGCCCCAUCUGCCGGCGAUACCCAAAGAUCCGCACUCGCGAUGCGAGGAAAUCACAAUUCCGAUGUGUCGCGGCAUCGGCUACAAUCUGACCUCGUUCCCGAACGAGAUGAACCACGAGACGCAGGAGGAAGCCGGCCUGGAGGUGCAUCAGUUCUGGCCACUGGUGGAAAUUAAAUGUUCGCCGGAUCUCAAAUUUUUCCUCUGUUCGAUGUACACUCCGAUCUGCAUCGAAGACUACCACAAGCCGCUGCCGGUGUGCCGAUCGGUGUGCGAACGGGCACGGGCCGGAUGUGCGCCCAUCAUGCAGCAGUACAGCUUCAGCUGGCCCGAACGGAUGGCAUGUGAAAAUUUGCCCGUUUCUGGUGACAGCGACAAUCUUUGCAUGGAACAACCCAGCGAAGACGAUGGCAGUCAUUCAUCAUCCGGUGGGGGCGGUGGAGGUGGCAGUGGCGGAGGUGGUUCCCAUUCGAAACCCACCCGAAAAUCAUCCCACAGCUCAACAGCUGGUGGAGCAGCCUCCGGCCAAAACAACAAAUGCAAAGGCAAGAAUUCAAAAAACUGCCAAAAUCCCCCAGGGGAAAGAACAAAAGAGUGCAUGUGCCGGUGUCGGGAGCCACUGGUGACCCUGGGGAAGGAAAAACUACUGCACAACCAAAGUGUCGAAAGGGUCGGCGACGUCAUAAACUGCGCGAUCCCGUGUCGGGGGGCGUUCUUCAGCCAGGAGGAAAAGGACUUCGCCGGGGUGUGGAUCGCGCUCUGGUCCGGCCUCUGCGGCAUAAGCACACUAAUGACACUAACCACGUUCCUCAUCGACACCGAAAGAUUCAAGUAUCCUGAGCGGCCGAUCGUGUUCCUGUCCGCGUGUUACUUCAUCGUCUCCUGCGGUUAUCUGACGCGACUCUUCCUCGGCCACGAGGAAAUCGCCUGCGACGGGAGGGGAAUCAAGUAUCCGUCGAUGGGACAGAGCUCGUGCACCAUGGUGUUCAUCAUGAUCUACUUCUUCGGGAUGGCUUCCUCGAUCUGGUGGGUGAUCCUUUCGUUCACCUGGUUCCUCGCCGCCGGCCUCAAGUGGGGCAACGAAGCGAUCUCGAAGCACUCGCAGUACUUCCAUCUGGCCGCGUGGUUGAUUCCGACGGUGCAAACCGUGUCGGUUCUACUCCGGCCGGCUGUGGAUGGGGAUCCGAUCGCGGGUAUUUGCUACGUUGGCAACACAUCGGUUGAGAACCUGAAGAACUUCGUGUUGGCACCACUAUUCGUAUACUUGGUGGUGGGAACGACUUUCCUGAUGGCUGGGUUCGUAUCACUGUUCCGAAUCCGUUCGGUCAUAAAACAGCAGGGUGGAAUCGGAGCCGGCUCGAAGGCGGACAAACUGGAGAAGCUGAUGAUUCGGAUAGGGAUAUUCAGCGUGUUGUACACCGUCCCGGCGACCAUAGUGAUCGGAUGCCAUCUGUACGAGGCGAACUACUUCGAGGAUUGGAUGACCGGGUUGACGUGUCCGUGCAAGGCGGCAACCGGAAUCAAGCAGAAGCCCCUGUACUCGGUGCUGAUGCUGAAGUACUUCAUGGCCCUGGCGGUGGGUAUCACAUCCGGGGUGUGGAUUUGGUCCGGCAAAACGGUCGAAUCGUGGCGACGACUGUGGAGACGGCUGUUCGGUUCGCCCGACCUAACCGGUGCCGGCCAGGUGCUGAUAAAACCUCGCCCACCACUGCCUCAGCCGUACGCAACAUCGGGCAUCGGAGUACCGGGAUCGGCGGCGGCUUCGCUUCUGGCCACACCCUACACCCAAACCGUCGGCAGUGUGGCGUCCACUAGUCAUCACCAUCUGCACCAUCACGUUCUCAAGCAAACCCCGCUGAGUCACGUAUGACCUGGAGACAUUGGCGGCGCUUCCACCCUCACCGCCGGCUCCGGCUCCGUCGUCGAUCCACGCGCCGUCUCGGUCGUCGUGACGCUGCCAGGACCCCAACCGGGACAAGCUCUCAGCGAUUACGGUCCGAUAUAGUUAACAGUGCGACCAGAUACGGCCCGGUGGAUACCGAGCAACGUGAGCGAUCAGCUGUGACCCGGAAGCGCACAAACGGGGAGGGACUCUACGCAUCGCGCGUACCAGCGGACGCGUGCAAAUGUCAGUAGAACAAAGUCAUCAUAGGAGUAGAGCUAUAUAGGUCUGUGUUUAAUAUUUGUACCAAGUGUAAAGAAGAAGAGGAAGAAGAUAGCGAAGAAUGUGCAAGCUGUGUGAUGUAGAUGUCGUUGUUUCUAAUCGUCGUAGGCAAGUAGCAAGAACCGUUUCAAAGUGGGGCCGUUCUGAAAAAAACCGGCAAAUAUCUUCUCUCGUCCUACUUUGCAUUUCAGAGGUUGGGUGUCUUAGGAAAAGUUGUUCUGAAUGUUGAUCCGGAUAAUUUAACAUUUUCUUUUAAACUCUUACUAAGUUAAAAUAAAAAAAAAAUAAAAAAACUAACUUUUUAUGCUUACCAAAAGGUUGAGUUAUGUCUACAGCAAAAUUGUGGAGCCAUCAAUUUCACGAAACUUUGCUGAAGACACAUAAUAACGAUCUAUUAGUCAUGCAGAGAUAAAACAGAUAUAUUAUAUAAAUAACGAUCUAUUAGUCAUGCAGAGAUAAAACAGAUAUAUAUAUAUAUAAAUCUGUCGGAAUACAGAAUAGGGCUGAGUAUUAAUUUUUAAUGACACCAUUGCGAAGUUGAAUAGCUACAAAACUAUUACUUACUAUAUUAUUCAAAAAUGUGCAUCAAUACUCUAUUUUUCUGACGUAGGACUUCGUUUUCAUUUCUAUACUGGGGUGUAAGUUCAAAUUUUGGAAACGAGAGCGUUACGCCGGAACAACAAGAUUUUGACCGUUAAUACCUCCUAACCAACUGAACGAAAUGAUACGACAACCACUUUGUUCGAAAUAUAAAUCACUGCAUCAUCAACAAGGGAAGACUUCAGAAAGCAAUUAAUCCGUUCUAAAUUGGGUCCAAAAUGGUUUGGAAAUAUCUUCAGAAAAAUCAAAAGUUUUCCGUAUAUGUAGCCCUAAAGCUCACUUCAAAAUUUCCAACCCAAAAAUUUUCCAAAACUAAAUUCCCUCAGUCAACACUCUUAGAAUACUUGAAGUAACCUUUAACAAGAAACUUAGUUUCACGCCACAUGCUCGGACGGUCAAAAAGAUGCCCGAAAUAGAUUAAAUUUAUUAAUCUGGACAUAGGAAGUCUCUAUUAGGGAUAGUAAACACUUUAAAGAGUCGAGGUGCCGGUAUAAAACAAGGCAAUAUAAAAAAAAAACUCGCUAUUAUGGUAGAGAGUGGACAACAGUAUUCAGAAUGCAACUCGGUGAUGAUGCGCAACAAGAUUUUUGUACCCAGUUGAGCUCCCACUCCUUGUGUACACUUACGCUCUGGCGUAUGAGCACGCUCCGAAACACAGAUGAAAUGUUUGCUUGUCAGUCCCGUUCUUGUGCCCAGUUUUGCGUUGAGUGUUACACUGAAUUUUGCGCCGUAUUUCUAUACUGCGCGCUUGAAUCUGGAUUGCUCUCUCUGUUGAGAUAUUUUUCUUCACACAAGCGUUCUUAUGGUUCUUAUGGAGACGCACUGUUGUUUUUAUGCUUUGCUUAGAAAAGUAAAAACAUUUAUCAAUGGAUUAUUCAAAUAGCAGGGGCU